UUGUUAGUUUGCAGCUGCCAAUUUCGAUGUUGCGCACGAAGAGUGAAGUUGAACGUCCUUCUUUGCUUGUCGAUUUGGCCAGUGGACAACGCUGACGACUGUGAAAGAUAUAAGCAUUCGUGCAAUGAAAAUUCUAUCUGCUCUGAUCGGUUGGCUUUUCUGUUCUCGUCGUGCAGUACCGGUAGAUGUACGGAACAGUGCCGAAGAAGUGUCGUUGAACUGUACGAGUUGAAAGACGGCAAAGACUUACUGGACACAGACUUAUCUUGUCUCGAGUUCCUCAGCUCAGAGGUAAUGCACUGCAAACUGUGGCCGCGAGGGCAAUCGGUGUACUGUAAUAUCGCCAAACAGAAGUGUAUGUGGAAUUCAGAAUGCCGCAAGGUGUUGACUGCAUUCGAGAGUCAGUGCCAAGAAGCGGCUAAGAAUGGCGAGUGCUCGUCGGAAUGCGUGAAACUCAUGGCGAAGGUGUUCAAAGGCGAUGGCGAAAAACUGUACGAUUGCUACUGUCCACACAAGGACGAAACUUGUGAGCAGAUCAGACACAACAUUGGUGAUUCAUGCCGAAGUAAAGCGUGGAAACAAAGGAACUCCGGUGCUUUCGUAAAGCGUCAGACGUCGUGGUCGAUCCUGAUCGUGCUAUUUGCCGCAAGUCUAUUUCUGAACACCGUCGCUUAG